CUGCAGCUCCCUAGGGGGUCGAAAUGGUUUUGUGUUGAUUCUGUCCUUCAGUAUCUGAUCUCAUUGACUGCUUUCUUCCAAUCACACCGUAACGAUGAGGUGUACAACGUAAAGUACAAGUUGGGUAUAUUUUAUCCACGCAUCCAAAAGCACCUAAACACUGUUCUGAAGAAGGAAAGGGUCACCAGUCUCCAGUUUAACUGUUUUCUGUCCCUAGGUCCGACUGACAUGGAAUACAAUGAAAAACUGGCACGCUUUCGACAAGGUCAUCUCAAUCCCUUCGAUAAAGAUCCAUGCGGAAAGGUGGAUAAAGUCAGUGAGGAAGAGGGUGACCUGUCAGUAAAAGGACUACACACAGACUUUUUGUAUCGGGAGGUCAGUGCAAAUACUGAUAGAGUGAUGGAUCUUGGUUUGGCUGAGGAUCACUUUUCAAAACCUGUGGGUUCAUUUGGAGCGUUGGACAUUGAAAACCUGAAACGUGCAAUUGACGAAGUGAAACAAGUUAUAUUAGAUUUGCCAGAACACUCAGAGAAGCAGAAAGAUGCAGUUGUUAAACUUAUUCAUCUCAGGCUUAAACUGCAAGAAUUGAAGGACCCUGAUGAAGAUGAACCCAAUAUUAGAAUUAUUCUUGAACAUCGAUUCUACAAGGAGAAAAGCAAAAGUGUCAAACAGUUUUGUGACAAGUGCAGCACCAUUAUAUGGGGCUUACUUCAAACCUGGUAUACCUGUACAGGUUGUUAUUACCGGUGUCACAGUAAAUGUUUAAACCAAAUCAACAAAUCCUGUGUAAGGUCAAAGGUUAGCCACCAAUCUGAAUUUGAGCUCAAUAUCUGCCCUGAGGUGGGUCUGGACCAACAGGAUUAUCGAUGUGGAGAGUGUCGCCAACCAAUUUCUUUACGUGGUGUGCCCAGUGAAGCGCGCAUGUGUGACUACACUGGACGAUAUUAUUGCAGCAGCUGCCACUGGAAUGAUGCAGCGGUCAUUCCUGCUCGUGUCAUACACAACUGGGACUUUGAAGCCUAUAAAGUAUGCCGUUACAGUAUGAGAUACCUCACGCUGAUGAUCUCGCGGCCAGUACUGAAACUUAGAGUGAUUAAUCCACUUCUCUUCAAUUAUGUGGAGGAACUAGUAGAAAUUCGGAAACUCCGACAAGACAUUCUGCUGAUGAAACCCUAUUUCAUCACGUGUAAGGAGGCAAUGGAGGCAAGGCUGCUAUUACAGUUGCAGGAUCGACAGCAUUUCGUGGAAAACGAUGAAAUGUAUUCUUUACAGGAUUUAAUUGACAUUGCCACUGGGCGUCUGAGCUGCACUUUAACUGAAAUCCACACCAUCUUUGCAAAACAUAUUAAACUGGACUGUGAGCGAUGUCAAGCUAAAGGUUUCGUCUGUGAGUUAUGCAAAGAAGGUGAUGUGCUCUUUCCAUUCGAUAGCCACACAUCAGUGUGCCAGGAUUGUUCUGCUGUAUUCCAUAGAGAUUGUUAUUACGACAAUUCCACUACAUGUCCAAGGUGUGUGCGGCUUUCAAUGAGAAGACAGUCUCAAAUUGGAUCAGCUCACCCAGACUGAGAAGCUAAGCCCAAAUGAAGAAUUGUCGACUGCAAAUAUUGUGAUUCCGAUCACUUCAUUUUCUGCCAGCUAACUAGUUUGACCAUUAUCUUUCAGAUAAUAAUAAUCAAUGGAGUUGUUUAAUUCCAUUAAUGGACUAAAAAAUGAGGCAUUAGGAUCUGGGUUAAGUGAACAAAGAUGGAAAAUUUCCUUUAAAGUUGGGAAUCCGAGUACAAAAGCUAGUGAAAGGCUAAAAUGGCAAGGUUCCCAGUGAAAUCAAAGCAGCAGUCUUUGAAAUUAAAAUCUGAGUAUCUUUUGAAAAGUCCUUUAGAUCUUUUGAUGGUCUGUAAAAUCUGACUGGCAUAAUUUAAGGGAAGUGUUCCCUUAUAAAUUUUCCUUCAUGAACAUUUUCUAUUUAGAAUGUAUUUCAGCUUUGUUGUAACUUAUUUAUGCCAUCUCCAUCCAAUGUACAUUUACUGCAUAUUUGAAGGGAUUGUAGAAAAAGAGCUCUGAUUUUUAUGGGAUAACUUGUGAAGAAAAAAAUUGGCAUUUACAUGGUGCUUUACUACAUUCUUGGAAUGAAGACAAAUGUUUGCAAUGCUGCUCACUUUUAUUUUCUGUUUUGUCAUCAGUCCUCACUUGAUAAAGGAAAAAAUUAUUAGUUUAAUAACCUGUGCUCUGUUAUGUCUACAUUCAAUGUUAAUAGAACAGAUGUUUAAAUUGGCAAAUAAUUAUAGAUCUGGGCUUGUUAGCAUUUCAAACAAUUCUGAUUGUUUGGAUCAGAGACUACAUUGCAUGAAAGAAAGGGUUGGGGAAUGAACACAUUGGAACUAUUCCAUUUGGAAACGGAAAAAUUAUGGUUCAGGGAAUUGGUGUCCCAGCUGGUUUAUAGAAAGGGAGGCUUACAAAGCUUUGCAGUGAAAGAGCACUGGCUUAAAAAGUAAUUAAUCCUGUGCAUUGUAGGAUACGAAUGCAUCGAUGAAAGCAUACUAAAAGCAAGUGUCACUUGUCAUGUUGAAGACUGCUUUUUGGCAUGACACCAAUACUGCGUUAAGAAAUCUGCACGAGUGAUGACUGUGUGCUCAUCUGAUAUAGAGGGGUACAGUAUGUAAGCUUGAAAGUUGGCAGAUUCCUAUUGUAUACAGUAGAACUUUAUGAACUAAAGCCACACAACAUUGGUACAAAGUGUUGGGGAACAUUUUGUUCUUUGUCCUGUCCGGACCACUACUUUAGGCAUUUGCAUACUGUUAUUUAAACUGGAAUAUGAAGAAUUUCAUGCUAAGUGUUAGGAGUAGCAUAUAAUCCAGGGCUGGUCCAUUAACAAUGUCGUUCAGUGUUAGUAGCUUGUCUGACUGAGAAAUGAGAUAACUGGGUGUGGCACAAAAAAGUAUAAUUGUGUAGAUUUCUAUUUUAACUUGAACUGAAUUGGGUACCUAGAUUUUAAUUUCAGUACUGCUGAAAAUGAUAAACUGGUAAUUUUGUUAAGCUGAAUGCCUUGAUGUGGACCAGUUGCAUUUUCUAAUGUAAUCUAUAUUGUAAUUUCAAAUGGAAUUUGCUAGUUUGGAGAAAAACUACCAUACUUAUCCACAGUUGAACAUUCAGAAUUCAAUUUUAAUCCAUUUGUAUUCCUUUGAAUGGCUGCUUUUUGAGUGUGAGUGCUCAAAUUUUUGAAAUAGCUGACAUCCAGGGACCUUGAUGAUUACACUAAUUAUUUAUCACUUUGUGCAUUUUCCACCAGUUUUUUUUUGCAAAAACCAAGAAUCCUGGUUAUUUGAUUAGAAAGAGGGAUAAAAGAGAAAAUUUGGCUUCAGAAUAUCUGAAAUGUGCUAGCAAACAGUUCCAUAAAUGAUACCAUCUAUGUUGAUUUUGACAAUCUAAUAUGGACUGGGUUAAAAAUGCAUUUUUUAUUACAUUAAGUGUUAGAGGUUGAUACACUGUCUGAAUUUUUCUUUUGAAUAGUUAAUAGUACUCUAGGGUUCCGUGUCACUUGAGAAAUGGUUAUUGAACUUAUUGAAUCUCCCUAAGCAUUAUCUAUUCAGUUAUCUGCCUAAAUAAAUUGUGUAUCAUUGUAAACAAGAUCAAAAUGAAAAUAGAAAACAUAUCUCCACAUAAAGAAUUUGAUAUGGUCCAUAAUCCUAUUACUGGCCUAUUUUAAGAUAAUCACCGAUGGAGGGAAGGAAAUGGAAGUAAUUAUAUGAUUUAGACCUCUCACUCCUACUGAUAACUCUAUGUUCAAUGGAUCCAAUGGUAAAAUUAAAUAUCAUGUGGUACUUUUAUGUUUGUAGUGUAAAAAUGCAAAGUAUCAUGCUGCUGUAGAGGUUUUUAUAGCACUAAACAUCGUUACGCACUUUUCAAAUGGGUUUAAAAUCCUUAAGUAUUACUAUUCCAUUAUUCUCCUAAAGAAAUUGUGUAUUACCAUUUUAUGCACUUAUAUAAUAUCUUUUUGUCUUUUUAAAAUUCAAAUUUUGCUUGUCGUUAAUAAAAGCCAGUUUAAUG